AUGCCCUUCAUCAAGUAUGCUGCCCUCCUCUCGGGCCUGCUGCAUCUGAGCACGGCGAUAGUGCCACUCGGACCUUCCCUCAAACUCUUUUCCGAGCUCAGUCCCGCAGAUCAACCCGAUGUCUCGGACCUAGGCAACUUCGUGGGAUCUGAAGUCUUCAUCCAAACAGAUACCCUUGUGCUGAAGCCUGAGGACGGGUUAUCACUGACCUGCGAUACCCACGGAAACUACAGACUGACGCUGAACCCAAAAGACCCCCAUGCGAUCAACUUCGCCAACUAUAUGCAACAAGGUCCGAUUGUGGUUUCAAACGCAUUCAGCAAAAGCUGUCCUUCGCUUUCAACUACAACGGUCUUCGGCGCCAAUGACGACACUCCCGAUGAGUGGAAGAAGCUCGCGGCAGAGAAUCCCGACCUUCAGUAUACCGUACUACAGCCUCUCUACGUCUCGAGAGUCUCAGAAUGCACCAUCAAGUUCACCGCCGCCGUAAAGGACUACCAUAGUAUCUUUGGCGCCAUCAACGACAUGUCGAACCCGGAUCUAGACUGGAUGAAGGCCAAUGUCGAGCCGUGGGAUGAUGUGAUUGCCGCACCUGGCAUAACCAAGCGGUUUCUCCUCACCAGCUUGGUCGUUUCGUCCGCCGUGGGUCAUUUCUUUGGGGCAGCUCUUCUGGGAGGAGCCGCAACGGGUGUGAUUCUGGCGACGCAGUAA